AUGUCGUCAGUUCCAUCGACAAUGAAAGCCAUUGUUGUCCCGCAGAAUGGCGGGCCUGAAGUGCUACAAUACAGCGAGUCUCACCCAGUCCCGCAACUGUCCGAUGGCCAAGUGCUGAUCAAAAACAAUGUGUCGGGGGUCAACUUUAUCGACACAUACUUCCGCACCGGUUUGUACCCCGCGCCCGCGGGGUUCCCCAUGAUCCUAGGUCAAGAGGCCGCCGGCACAAUCGCAAAGAUCGAAGGCUCUAACCCAUUGGGCUUCAAAGAAGGAGACCGGGUUGUCUGGAUCUUCCGCGGUGGAUAUGCAGAAUACACCGCCGUGCCCGCGGACCGGGUCGUGAAAAUUCCUGCCGAGGUCUCGGACGAACAUGCCGUCGGCGGCUUCCUGAUGGGCAUGACGGCAUUGAGUCUGGUGCAAGAAGCAUACCCAGCCAAGAAGGGUGACACUAUCCUGGUCCACGCCGCAGCUGGCGGGAUGGGGCUACUCCUGUGCCAGAUCCUCCGCGACAUGGGCGUCACUGUCAUCGGCACCGCGGGCGGGCCGGAGAAGUGUGCGCUGGCCAAGGAGAACGGUGCAACCCAUGUCAUCGACUACAAAGCCACGGGCGGACCGAGCUGGGUAGAACAAGUCCUCAAACUAACCGGUGGCAAGGGCGUUGACUGUACCUAUGACGGUGUUGGCAAGGACACUUGGGAGGGAGAUCUAGAGGUGGCGAAGCGGAAGAGUAAGGUGGUGUAUUUUGGAAAUGCAAGCGGUCCUGUUCCUCCGCUGAACAUUGCCAAACUAUCGGCCAAGAACGUCUCCAUCAUGCGCUCCACGCUGAUGAACUAUAUCCUGACGCGGGAGGAAUUGGAAUUCUACGCCAACGGUGUCCUCGACCUGAUCAAAGCCGGCAAACUUAACAUCCGUAUCCACAAGGUCUAUCCGCUCAAGGAUGCCGCUCAGGCACAUAAGGAUCUUGAGGGCAGAAAGACAACCGGGAAAUUGUUGUUGAAAAUCUAA